AGACCUCCAAUUGUGUUUUGAAAAUGGCAAAGUGCUGGUCACAAGAUGGCUGGGGGAGCCGAGGGAGAGUUUAUUAUUAUUGCUCCAUCUACUAACAAAUUUACUUCUCCCCAUCCCUUAUUUCUCCUUGGCUCCCUAAGGCAUCAUGGUUACCAUAGCAGCCAGAUGCUGAUGAUGCCUCCAGGGUGUGGCAAGGUGAAACUGAGCCAGUUUCCAAGUCCUCACCUCCCCAUACUCUUUCCAGGCCGGGGUGAGAUGGUCUGAAGCUCAACCUCUGGUCAGGUCCUCCACCCUGUCUUGGAUCACUUAGACCCACAAACUCUGCCUCUGCAAUCUCAGUUCAGGGCCUUGAAACACCUCUUCAGAGACUCCCUCCUCCCCAAGCUCUGUCUUCUGGCACCCUGCCUGGUUGCCGUGGAAACAGGUUCCACUGCGGACAAAGGAGGGAGCUGGGUCCUGCUUCCUCCUGGUCUUGUCGAUGAGGAUUUUUAGACCUUGGAGACUGCGCUGCCCUGCCCUGCACCUACCCUCACUCUCCGUGUUCUCACUAAGGUGGAAAUUGCCCUCCCUCACUACUGACAAGACCAUGUGUAAAAGCGUGACCACAGACGAGUGGAAGAAAGUCUUCUAUGAGAAGAUGGAGGAGGCAAAGCCGGCUGACAGCUGGGACCUCAUCAUAGACCCCAACCUCAAGCACAAUGUGCUGAGCCCUGGUUGGAAGCAGUACGUGGAGUUGCAUGCUUCAGGCAGGUUCCACUGCUCCUGGUGCUGGCACACCUGGCAGUCACCCCACUUGGUCAUCCUCUUCCACAUGUUCCUGGACCGCGCCCAGCGGGCGGGCUCGGUGCGCAUGCGUGUCUUCAAGCAGCUGUGCUACGAGUGCGGCUCGGCGCGGCUGGAUGAGUCCAGCAUGCUGGAGGAGAACAUCGAGGGCCUGGUGGACAACCUCAUCACCAGCCUGCGCGAGCAGUGCUACGGCGAGCGCGGCGGCCAGUACCGCAUUCACGUGGCCAGCCGCCAGGACAACCGGCGUCACCGCGGAGAGUUCUGCGAGGCCUGCCAGGAGGGCAUCGUGCACUGGAAGCCCAGCGAGAAGCUGCUGGAGGAGGAGGCGACCACCUACACCUUCUCCCGGGCGCCCAGCCCCACCAAGCCUCAGGACGAGACGGGCUCAGGCUGGAACUUCUGCUCUAUCCCCUGGUGCUUGUUUUGGGCCACGGUCCUGCUGCUGAUCAUCUACCUGCAGUUCUCCUUCCGUAGCUCCGUCUAAGAUUCCCUGGGUGGGUCCAGAGCCUGUCGAGGGUGCCAGUCAGCUGAUGGGAAGGUAGAGGAGAGACCUGGGUUGGGAAUAGUGUCAACUCCUAGCGCUGGUGAUGCCACUGACUCAGUGGGGAUCUUGGACAAAUUAUACAUUUUUUUCCAUCUAUAAAACUUAGGGUUUGGGCAAGAUCAUUGGUUUAUCAUAGUGAAACCCAGGACCCCAAAGUUCUGCGUAGGUGCCUCAGGGACUUUUGGAUUUGGAAAGUAGGCUAAGCUAGUGGGUGUCUCCAACUCCUGGUCUAACCACCCAUCCUCCAACUCCUGCCUCCUCCUCUUGCUUCGAUCAUAGCAGCUUUACUUUAGAUGGGGUUCCAUUUAAGAUUUUUGUACCAAAAAAAAAAGGUUUAACUACUUUUAAAAAGUUUGAAAAUUAGAGGACUGGGUGAUCUCAAAAGGGCUUUCCACAGUAAUGAGCUCGACCUUGCUCUUAUUAGUCCCUCACCCCUGCACCUCAUGAUCUCCCACUUUCUCUAGCUGCAGCCUUACAUUAGCUUCUUUGCCCACCCUGUGAGCCUCAUCCAUGAUUCUGCCUUCACCACGCAGCAGAGGUUUCCGUUGAAGUGCACGAGGAGGGAGAUCAGGCUGUUCCUUCGCUGCUGAGUACACAGGGUCUCUUGCUUUUGUUUCUCAGAUUCCAGCUUCUUUCUACUCAGGGCAGAUUCUGGAGUCUGCCUGCCUGAAAGAUGGUGGUUGGGGUGGGGUCUCAUGGAGCUGGGCUUCUUACCCACUGCGUAUGAACUGGCAGAGAAUUCAGGGGAGAUUUAGAAGACAGAGUUUUAGAAGCAAAGCACAAAAUCUCUGGGAAGCAUUAGAAUGGAGGGUCUUCAGAGUUCAGGGACCAAGUCUAGCGGAUUCUCAGCCAAAUACAGGAGCAGGGGCCUGGCCUCCUGGGUUCUUUGCUGAAAUUGUAGUUGAAUGGCUUUCCCACAUUGGCCAAGCUUGAGGCCUCUUGCCAAAGAUCAGCUGUCCCCCUAAAGCCACAGGGAUGGGGUAUCUUCAGCAAGAGAGAGGAUGUUAAAGAUGUAAAAUGCUUUGUCCAUGGGAAAGUGCAUAGAUACGUGAGAGAACCUUACAAGGCUCUAAAAUGAGAUGUGAUAUGGCUUGAAAUGGGAGGAGAGAAGACUUUCUGACAGUGGGGAUCUGGAAUGGAAUUGGUGGGGAGAGGCAGCAAGCUGCACUUUUGAGGGGCCUCAUUUACCCCACCUCUGUUAAUAUCUUGACUCCCUCUCCUCCUUCCCUGCACUUUUGAGGGGCCUCAUUUACCCUACCUCUGUUAAAAACUUGACUACUCUCCUCUUUACUAGAAAGUCACCAUCAUCUGUAGUGAUGGAGGAAGGGGGGUCACUUAUAUAAAGAUAGGACACUUUAAUAAAGACAAGAUAUCUUCAAAA